AUGGCUCCCUUCCACCACCUCCGUCAGUCGCCCACCACUUUCGACCUGGCCACCUGUGCCGCCUUGAUGCAGCGCGGCCGCGUAACAGACCUCUUCAUCCUCUGCCUCGGCGUCGGUCUCGGUAUCCUCAUCUACGCUCUCAUGCACGACCUGGCCUCCCGUGGACGGUGCAACACAUGCUCCUGUGCCGGACAACAACAUGCCAAUUCGUCAUGGUCGGCCGAGACCCUCCCGGCCUAUGUCGUGCACGCAAGCGGACCGGUCGACCUCAACGCGGCAGUCGUCCAACGGCCAGUUGCGACCAAGGAGUGA